AUGCCCGACCAACCGCGGAUAGCAAUCAUCGGAGGCGGUCCGUCUGGACUCCUGCUCGCUCGGCUGCUCGAGUUGAAUGGCUUCACCAACUACCUCGUCUUCGAGCGCGACGCUUCAGAGACACCUGGACCAGGCCAACAAGGCGGCACGCUCGACCUGCAUGAAGCAACCGGACAAUUGGCACUCAAGCGUGCCGGUCUGUUCGAGGAGUUCAGCAACCACUUAGCUCGGUGGGAUGCAUCUUGUAUUCAUGUUGUGGACCCACAGGCAACCACAGUCAUUCGACAAGCAGCACAAUCGAGGCCAGAGAUCGACCGGAUUCAGUUGCGGCAGCUAUUGCUAGAUUCGGUACCAAUUGAGAAGAUCCGAUGGGGUCACGGCGUUGCGAGUGUUAAUCGGAUCACCGGGAUUGGGACUCGAGCCGCGGCCAAGAGCCAUACGAUCCAGUUCAAGAAUGGCACUUCGACUUCAGGUUUCGAUCUGAUUGUUGGCGCGGAUGGGACUUGGAGCAGAGUCCGAAGCUUGAUCACACCUGCUAAUCCAAGAUACUCAGGCAAGAUGUUCAUCGAGGGCCGAGUUCCAUGCGAUAGCGCGAUAUACUCGGCGGCUCAAGACAUGGCUGGAUCCGGAAACAUGAUGGCUUUGGGACAGGGCAAGAAUCUGAAUGUGCAACAGGUCGCGGACGGUACUUACCGAGUCUACUUUGGCCUGCAAGUGGAGGAGGAUUUUCAGAAGCAAUUCUGCGGGGACGAGACAUCGAUGACCGAAUGCAUGCGUGAGUGCUUCCGCGGACCGGACUUCUUUGGUUCGUGGUCACCAAAGCUCAAGCAAUUUGUCGAACUCGCCGAAGGGCCGUUCAGACUGUGGCCGCUGUACUGCUUCGAUCCAGAAGAAGUGGGAUGGACACGCCGUAUAUCCCCAGGACUGACGCUGCUUGGAGAUGCAGCUCAUUGCAGUACUCCCUUCGCUGGAGAAGGCGUUAAUUGCAGCAUGCAAGAUGCGGUGGUGCUUGCUGAUGCUAUCAUUCGCCAUUGCGGGAGCAGCAGUAUAGGGGAAGAGACUGUAAGUGAUGGCAUUGAGAAAGCGUUGGCCGAGUAUGAGAUGGACAUGUUUGCCAGAGGGCAAGAUCUUAUCCGAAAGAGCAGAACGAUCGAGGAAGUUGCGUAUCGUGACGAUGGCGCGAGGGAGUUGCUCAAGCUGUUCCAACGCAUGGCGGAGGGCGCCUAA